AUCUAAAACGACAAGUUCCUUACAAAUUUCCCCACCUAUAAAUCCAUCUGCCUCCAAAUGUUUGUUACCAUUGCAAUCACUGAGUCCCAGAGAAAAGAUGGGGAAGCAGUGAGUGAGAGAAGGAAAAGAAUGGAAGUAACCGUUAGUGUUUCUGAGGACCCAACACCAAGCUUCACCGAGCUAAGUGUUUCUUCCCUACCUUACCUAUAUUGCUGCUUGUCUCUAGCGUUUUUGCUAAUGGUAGUGGCAUCGGCGUUGCUGAUCUUCUCCUUCAGAAAACAGUCUUCAUCAACCUCAGAAAAUCCGCAAAUAUCAUUGCCAGUGAUUUUGGAGAUCGAUGCAGAAAAACCAAAGAUUGUCGUGAUCAUGGCCGGAAAUGACAAGCCUACUCACUUGGUAAUACCAGUCGCCCCAAACAGUACCAUCCGUCAACCUGUUGCAGCGAGAAUCUCCAAUGAAUGUGCAAUAAAAAGAUUUAAGUUGCAUUUCCUCUUUUGCGCCAGUGGUGCCACCGCAGCUCAAAAACGCUGCCGUUGAAAUGCACCCCGAUUAGUGGUAGAAUAUUGUUAAAGAAUAAAAUACUAAUUUUUAA